AUGUCAGCCACCAGUAUUCCAUCAACACGUUCCACCUCAACAAAAACACAUUUAGAAAGUCAGGAGAACUUCCUAAUCAACACAAUUGGUCACCUAGCAGAUCGUUUUAAAACAUACUCUAUCCCAAAUGAUAUCGACUCACCAUCACUCAUGACAAUGCAUCAUCUCUCAGUUGUUGUUGUUGAUAAUUCUUCACAACAUGAAGUAAUUCAAGCACCAUCUGAUGUUGCAUUGAAGGAUUAUAACACGACAGAAUUUUCAAUCCUGUUGGGAAAUGUUACUUAUAAUUUGACUACAGCUCAGCAGGCAAUUGUCAUGAUUAGUGGAAAUAAUUUGGUUACGACUGUGACAAUUGCUAUCAGAGUAGUAAUUGUCAUUUUUGAUAUUUUUCUCACAUGUUGCAUUUUCCUGUUGAGAAAUUAUGAACCAAUCAAGUCGAAAUUCUUUGUUUCACUAAUUUUGGUUGGUUUGAAUGUUAUCAGUCAUAUUCAGGGUACACUUGAUUUUUUACCGUGGAUUAAGAUGUAUUUUGAAAGUUAUUGGAAUCAAUUUUUAAUGGAAAAGAGUACUAAAUCGGUUAGCGCUGCAACUUUUUAUCAAAAUAACUUGAAUUCUAGCAAUGGUUUGCCAAAUUGGUUGGUCAAUUAUAUUACAUUUGAGAAUGUGUAUUGUUUCGUUAAUUCGUAUGUGCUUUAUGGGCUUGUCGUUCUCAGUGUAGCUCUGUAUAGUAUUCAGAUUAUCAAACUCUUGCUUUUGACACUUUUAAAGGACAAGAGACAGGAUAUUGUAAAAUCAUUGGAAGAUUUCAAACGAAAGCAAUUGGAAAAAUUCAAAAACAUCAAAUUACAAAACAAGACAGAACAGCAAAACGCUACUUCCAAUACAAUUCAAAACAGAAAAUCAUUGAGGAGACCAGCAGAAAGUACUGAAGAUUUAGGUCAAUUCCCUUCUAGUGCUUCAAAUGUUGCUCUUAAUGAGGGUGUUUCGACUUUGGAUUUGAGUUCUCUUUCACAAUCAGUCAAUAGUGAUGCACCAAUGUCUGCCAGAGGUUCAAGGCCUUCAGAACUUGAUGAAAUUUCCAAUGCCUACUCUGAUUACGAUGACAUUGCUUUGGAUUUGACAACCGAUGACGAUGCCAUCUCUACAUCUUACGAAGAAAUUUCCAAACAAGGAAGAUUUGCCAACUUGUUGAAGAAGAUUAUCAAAUAUCGAAUUGUUGAAAUAUCGUAUAUUUCCUUGUGGGUCAUUGUUUGGUUUGUAAUUAUCAGUGUUAGAGUUGCUUCUCAUGCGAAAGACUCCUGGGAGAGUGUCUUUUACUCUUGGGAGCAAAACAGUGGAUAUUGUAGAAAGAUUGAUAGAGACAAUGUUUCUAUUUAUGCAAUUAUCGUUCUUUUUAUACUAUUCCUUGCUAUUCCAUUAUUUUUGGCAGUGGAUUUCAUAUUUUCCAUUUACAAAUACAUCCAAACAAGAAGAAUCAAUAAGGAAAAGGGAGAAAAGACUGAAAAUUUCUUUAUUUACUACUUUUACGAAACUGAUCCUUUCGUAUAUAGAGUGGAAAGUCUUUUCAUUGUCAUUUUCGAUAUUGCUUCUGGAAUAGUUCUCGUUAUUGUCCCAUCAUAUGGCCCAAUUAGUUCACAAUUGACUUCAUCACUCGUACUAGCUAUUGGUCUCAAUUUCCUUGGUGGCUCGAUCAGUAAUCCAGGCAUAACUGUAAUGAAAGGCAUUUGGAACUUUUUCCUUGCCUUUAAAGAAAAGAGAAAAGCCGCCAAUCUCAAUAACAGUGAUUCCUCCAAUGAUAAGAACGCCAACGCUAUUCAAAGUAUUCAACAAUUACUCUCCUCUCCAAUUUGUUCCUACUCAAUUGACUUUAUCAUUUCACACAAGAAGGAAAGAGAUUUAUUCUAUCAAUAUUUGAGAGAAGAAUAUUCAGUUGAAAAUUUACUCUUCAUUGAGGAUUUAAAUCGAUUGAGAAAGAUUAACGAAAGACACGUUCGUUCCAAAGUAAUGAAAAUCAAGGAAAUGACUAAACUCUACCUAUCCGAAAGCAGUUCAGUAUUCGAAAUUAACGUUCCUUCCAAAAUCAUCCACACUGAACUGAAAGAUUACAAAGAACUUCAAAACCUUCUCAACAACCACAAACUCAAAAUCAACCAACUUCCUCGUAUCAUGAAAGAUAUUUCAUUGAGAUAUUUCCCAAAUAUCGAUCAAUCCCAAGAAGAACUCAUGAAACCGCUCAUUACAAACAUUUGUAAACCAAAUAUUUUCCCAACUUUACAAACAGAGGUUUACAAAAAUUUAAUGGACUCGUUUUAUAGAUUUAAUAAUUCAAGGAAAUGGAAAGAACAUAUUAAGAGUGUGCAAUCUCCUUAA